AUGUUGACGUCCUUCAGUAAAAUUUACGAGCACGUAAUAACAGCAAGGCUCUAUGAAAAAGUAAAAUUAAGUGAAAAACAAUUUGGAUUUUUAAAAGGACGAUCUACGAUUAGUGCUCUGUACAGGCUUAGGCAGGCUUAUGAGAGAAUUAAGAACAUUCCGAAGAGAGUUAGAGGCAUUCUGUUGGGUGUCGGUCUGGACAUCUCGAAUGCUUUUAACUCUCUGAGGUGGGACGAUAUUACCCUAUCGCUGGAAACUCAGGCUGUACCUGAGUACUUAAUAAAAUUGUUGGAAUCUUAUUUUAAGGAAAGAUCGGUCUCCUACAGGGGACAUACCUUCCGAAUAAAUAGCGGAAUAGGCCAGGGUUCAAUUCUUGGACCCUUAAUUUUUAACAUUGUCUUCGACAAUAUUGUAAGGAUGAAAGUAGAUCCAGAAUUAGAAAAGAUUGUAUAUGCAGACGAUACCCUGCUGCUGAUCUACGUGAGGAAUGAAGACGAGAUCAAAGAGGCCACGAGCAAAGUUACGAGGAGAUACAGGAAGAAACUUAAAGAAAAGGGACUUAAACUGGCGGCGGACAAGUCAGAGGCGAUCGUUCUGGUGGGUAACGGGGUGAGUAGUGAUGUCGAAGUCAUGGUAGAUACGGAGGUGAUACAUGCUGGGACACCGUUCAGACACCUCGGUUUUUAUAUAGACAGGGGGUUUGACAUGUCCAGGCAUGUUCACAUCGUAUGUGACAAGAUGAGACGGGUUGGUCAUUCUUUCAGGCCCAUCAUGCCCAAUACUGCCGACCCGAGUUUCUUCCGUAGGAUCCUUAUCGUACAGGCAGUCUUGUCCAUUCUCUUUUACGGGGUCACGGUAUGGUGUUCCGCGAUGCAAAAGAAGGGUAAUAUUAAAAAGAUUACUUCAACAUUAAGGCCACUUAAACGGAUGCUUGUCGGGGGGUACGUCUCUUGCUCUAAUUUUAGUUUAGACAUCUUGUCGGGGAUUCCUCCUACCAAAAUUUUGGUGGAGGAAAGAGUAAGAAAGGCCAAUAAAAUGGACCCCGAAAAGAUAAAUAGGUAUAAAAGAAGGGAUUGGCUCGCGGCGUGGAGAGAAGAUACGGGCAAUGCGUGGUUUAAGAGAAUUCUUGGUGACCUGGGGAUCUGGCUGGAUAGGGGUCACGGAUGUUGUGACUUUUAUCUCUGCCAGUUCCUGGCCGUUCUGGACGGCUAG